ACCUGAUUCAAGGAAUGACUCCCAGGUCCUUGGACAAAGAUUGGCAUGCCCCUUCCAAUGUUGUAUUUCUGUUUUGACCAUGAAAAAUAUUGAAAAGUGAAUCUGAGGAGUCGGCCCCGCAUCACAAUUACUGCCCUAUCUUUCCUGGAUGACCUCUGGACUCCUGUCACCUCACGAGAUCACAUUUUUCUCACCAAGGAUAGCCGAUAACUCCUGGGCCUUAAUAAAUAUCACUUUAUUCAUCGAUCACGAGCCAGACAUAUGAACAGGUCAAUAUCCUUUCAUCCAUUCGUUCCGAUUAAUGGCCACCAUGUCAGAGACGUUGCCCUUCGCAUCCUCACCCGACAUUCCCGCAGAUAUCUUCUUGCCAUAUAUCACACUCUCAAGAUCUCCACCCUCAUUUAAUACCGAUUCACCUCUCUCCAAGGAUUCGAGCCUAUCGCAUAGCGCUCGUACUGUACCUGGCACUGGCUCUCAGAUGGCCAUCGAUUCUCCACCAAAGACCCAAGCGGACCAAUCGUCUUCACCACCGCGUAAGCGACGGAAAGGGGGCAAGAUAUUCUCGGGAUGUUCAACAUGUCGGCAGCGGAAGAUGAAAUGUGACCAACGGCGCCCUGUAUGCUCCAAUUGUGCUAGAUCUCGACUUUAUGUCUGUCGAGGCUUCGAAGAUGAUUCAAUUUCCAAAGAAUCAUCCCGUACUCCUCGCACCGAAGCUCAAUCUCGACCUCGACCUCGAGAUUCUGCAUACCAUGAAACAAAGCCGCUGUGGGACUCAACUCUCCAAAGCAAUCCACAGAUCUUCGCAGCAGACCUGAACAAUUUCUCUCCAUUCUUCUUCCAAGAUAAUACCAGCCUGAGAUUAGAUGCCCAAAUCCUCGCUCCCACUUUGCAACCACCACAGCCACAGUCAUCCCGACCCAUCUUCAGCACCCAGCUCGAGGCACCUCUACCACCAUCUGACAUCCCAGCAUUUAUCGACGACAUUUCAUUCUGGGAUCAACUCCUCGACUCGAAUGACACCACUCACCAAGACUCUCAGCAAGUCCGCGACCUAAUCCACCUCCCACCACUCUCCCGUGUCUCCUCCCCCUCCUCCUCCCUCCAUCCAUCCCUUUCUAUUCCAACCACCUUUCCCGCCCCAUAUUCCGAACUCCUCUAUCACUACCGCACUCUCGUCUCCCAGCAAAUGAUGCCUACAUGUUCACCAUCCCAAAACCCUUGGCUACAACUCUAUCUUCCCCUCGCACUGCAAGAGCCUCGUACGGAACCGAAACAGAUGCUUUUACAUGCUAUUCUCUCUGUAUCGGCGUUCAGUCGUGCGGCGUUGGCGAGUAGUGAGGGAGAGAAGUAUAGAUUGCAGGGUGUACGACAUGGAGAGGAGGCGGUGAGGAGGCUGAGGGAGGCGAUUGAUGGGAAUGGUGAUAGGAUGGAUGGGGAUGAGAAGGGGAAAGGGAAGGGAAAGCAACAACAGAAGGGAGAAAUAGAUCUGGUUGAUAAGCAGGCGUUGUUGGCUGCUGCACUUACGAUUAGUACAAUUGAUGUCUGGAGUGGCGCCAACAAAGGAAAUGGCUACACCUAUCUCCGCAUGGCAAAAGAAGUCAUCCAGCUCACAGGUGGCAUCUCCUGGUGGCUAUCAGCAGCACCGCCUACCAUGACCAUCUUCCAGAUCUUCCGCUGCUACAAUAUCAUUGCAUCCACGACCAGCUGGCCUAGCCCACAAGACGAGAUUCGAGAUCAAGAUCGAUUCCUACUCGAAGAAGAUGACAAUGGAGAGCUAAACGGGGAUUCUCCUACCAUAGCCAAAAGCGAAGAUGAUCCCAAUUCUUCUUGCUCCCCAGACCCCCAAUCAGCACUACUGUCCGCCGAUAAUCAAAACCACAUCCAAGAACCCAUCCAUGAUCAAGUGAUCCCCUCAUUCCCAUCAACCCUGGACAUCCAACACCCCAACAAUACCCCCUACACACUCGACAUAUCCUUCGGCAUCGCCAUCAAAACCCUCUGGUGCCUCAACAAAACCGUCUCCCUCUCCACCCUACACUCCACCUUCACCCCAGGAAAAACAUGGUCCCCCUCCCAACUCCUCGAGAUCCAAGAACUACAGAAUGAACUAGAUUUCCCGUUGAGGAAUCCAGAGGCGUUUAGAGCUAGUAUUGCAAGUUCGAAUUCGAGUUCUGGGGUAGCAGGAGGAGGAGGAGGAGGAAUAGGGCCUGGAAUCUCACAGAUGAUAACCGAUGAGAUCAAAGAGAACCACGUCUGGGCCUUCCACUACAGCGUCAUCCUAUUCUUCCGCCGCGCACUAGCACACACGCUUCCCUCCUCUAUAAUUUCCAAAGCACAGCAGGCGGGGGAGUAUAUCCCCUCGCAAACCCUCAUCUCGCACACCCUAACACACCUCGAAAACAUCGACACGCUCACGCCCUCCCUCCCCAUCUCCAAUACCCUCUGGCCCGCGUUCAUCGCUUCCAGCGAAUCAAUCCACACCCCCCUCCGCCACCGCUCCCUCGCAUGGUUCAUCCGUGCGCGGCGCCACGGAAUCGGUAAUAUUGAGGAGGCGAAGAAGUUGGUUAUGGAGGUGUGGAGGCGCGUCGAUAGGGAGAGGUAUGUGGUUGGGGAGAGGGAGGGAGAGGAGGGGUUGAGGGGGGAGCUUUGCGCGGAGGUGGAUUGGAGGGUGGUUAUGAGGGAGGGGGGGACGUGGGUUAUGCUUACUUGA